CCUUUAUCUUCUAUUUCAUGGAGCCAUCUCUUUUCAAAAGCAUUCACUUUUUGAGAGAUUCUCUUCAAAAGUUCGCCAUGCGUCUGAGCAUCAUCCCCAUCCUCGACGCUCUCGCCCGCCGCACCUUCACAUCCGCCGGCCUCCGCCCUGAAUCCAUCACCAUCAACUCCGAAACCACCAUCCAUUGCUGGCUUCCACCCUCCCUUCCCCUCUCCUCCCCCCAAAACCCUAACAACCAGAUCUCAAAACCCUCUCUCCUCCUCAUCCACGGCUUCGGCCCCGUAACCACAUGGCAGUGGAGAGCUCAAGUACGCGCUCUCUCCCGCCAUUUCGAUCUCAUCGUUCCGGAUCUCAUCUUCUUCGGACGAUCUACCACCACAUCGCCGGAGAGAUCGGAGUUGUUUCAGGCGUCGAUGAUGGUGGCGCUUUUGAAGUCGCUGGGUGUUUCCGGCGAAAGUAUCGCGGGGAUUGUGGGGACUAGUUACGGGGGAUUUGUAGCGUAUCAUGCGGCGAGGAUGAUGGGGGAGGAAUGGACGGGUAAAUUGGUGAUUGCGAGCUCCGAUUUGGAGAAGAAGGACGAGGAUGAUAGGGCUCUGAUGGAGCGGGUUGGGGGAAUUGGGAGCGUGGUUGAAAUUAUGCUGCCGAGAACUACCGAUGAUUUACGGAAGCUGCUGAAGAUUUCGGUUCGCCGGCCGCCGCGGUUCCCGCCGCCGGAGUUUCUUCUCCGGGAUGUGCUCCGGAAUCUUUACCAAGAUAACAUGGAGAGAAAGAUUGAGCUUUUAAAGGGAGUUACACUCGGCAACAAGGAUUUGUUUCAGCUAACCCCUCUUCGGCAGGAAGUUUUGAUUCUAUGGGGAGAGCACGACGGCAUUUUUCCAGUGAUUAAGGCGUUCCAGCUCAAGAAGAAACUUGGAGAGAAGGUAAAAUUGAAGAUAUUCAAGAACACUGGGCAUGUUCCUCAAUUAGAAGCUCCUGAUGAGUUCAAUAAGGUCCUGCUUUCCUUCUUAUUAGGCUCUCCUAAUUCUACAUUGUGAAGCCUGUUACCCCUUGGGCAGUACAUUCUUACAUAUAAUUUAUAUUGUACUUUGUUACCAAUAUUUAUUCAUACUUUAUAUUUCAUAUUAUUAAUAUUUGGUGAUAAUUUAAGGGCACCUAUGCUCCACAUAAUGUAUCUUUUGUCCCAAUUUUUCUUGCCACUUAGGCCUCGUUUGGGGCAGCUUAUUUA